AUGUCUCUAUUAUCAACGUGGAGACAGUUUCAAUUAUUUGAUUUUAUUCCAAUACGAGAUCCAUAUUUGCAAUCACACGAUGCAUUAUAUUCAGAUCCCACGUUGAGUGCUAUAAACGCCACCAAAGCGUAUUUAGUUAUUGCCGUCAACAACUCAAUACUCAAGAUUAUAAAUCCUAAAAACAUGACCUGUGAGGGUCAAUUUCAAGCCUAUGACAUUGAUUAUAGGAUAACGUUUAUAGAGCCUGUGUUUAACUCGAGCAAUUUGGUUAUAACAUUGGCUGAAAAGCAAGGAUUUCCGCUGAUUAUCAAACUAUGGGACUUAACGAGGAUAUUAAAUAUAGAACAAUUGGAAGCAUCGGAGUACAAAUUUAAGUUUCAGACUCAAGUUGCCGUCACUGAGAAUAGUCGAGGCAAUGGAGCGCAAAGUGAAAAUUUCUUUCCAAUAAGUUGCUUCAAAUUCAAUUACGAUUUAACGUGUUUGGCGGUGGGAUAUACCAACGGAAAAGUCUUACUUAUCAGAGGAGAUUUGUUACGUGAUAGAGGAUCAAAACAGCGAGUCAUAUAUGAGAGUGUUGCUAAUGACCCAAUAACUGGUAUUCAAUUCAAUGAAGCAGAACAAAUACUUUAUGUCACUACAACUUCAAAAGUGUUGACGGUGUCCACCACUGGUCGAAAUCAUGGUAAGCCUUUGCGUGUACUAUCGCAGAAGUCGGGUGCAAAUUUGGAUUGUACUGCAGCAGGAAGCAAGCAGGAGUUGAUUGUCGGGCUUUCUGAUUCCAUAAGGUACUACAAUCCAACAGCAAAGCUAAAAACCAUCAAUUUCGAUGUUCCCAAAUCUAGAAUUGCAAGACUCCAUCAGUUUAUAUUGAUGGUGAGCUCAACAGAUAAUGAUAACCUGCAGAAAUUUCAAUCAAGGGUAAUCAUACUAGAUACCAGAAACAACCACAUUUCACUCAAUUUGUUGAUUCCGCAAAGUGUAAUCAAGUUCACCUUCAAAAUAAACAAUGAAAUUUACCUUUUGUCCAACGAUGGAGUGUUGUACAGACUCUAUGAGAAACCAAUUAAUCAACAGAUUGAACUCAUUUUACAGAGGGAGUUGUUCUCCGUAGCUUUUAAUUUGGCGAAGCAACUGAAACUUCCUUCUGAUACAUUGUUGAGGAUACAAACGUUACACGCGGACCACUUAUUUGAGGAACAAAAGUACGAUGAAUCAAUGGAUGUUUAUAUUAGCUGCCUCGGAUUGUUUGAGAAGGAGCCAGCCGAUAUCGGCAAGUCAGCUCCCAGUGAAGAUAGAGACGAUUUUAUUAUGAAUGUGGUUACCAAAUUCAAAGAAGCCAUCAAUACUGAGAAUAUGGUACGAUUCUUAGGAGAGUUAUAUGUAAUGUCCUUAGCCACUGUGGACCACAUUACUUUACUAUUGUGUUGCUUAUGUAAAUUGAAAAAUCUUGAUCAGAUCGAUUCUUUUAUCGAUGAGUUGGACUUGUCUAAUGAAAAUUUACAAGAAUUCAAUUUUCCCCUCAUUAUAAACUUGUUCAAAGAGUGUGGGUUCUACAGUCAAGUGCUAAGACUAUUAUACAAACUAAAUCAACCUAAUUUGAUUGUUGAAAUUCAGUUAUAUGAUUUGAAUAAACCAAAAUUGGCAUUGAAUUAUAUGAAGACGUUGAAAAUUGAUGACUUGCUAUUGAUAUUGAUUGAUCAAUCGAAAAAGUUGUUGGACUCUUGUCCUAUUGAAACAACAGAGCUUUUGAUCAAUGUGUUUACCGGGAAAUACCAAGCUACUGAGUCCUCACAGGGUCCUUCAACAACGGCACCAGAGGGUAAAACAGAGUAUGAUGAAAAGGGAGGGGAGAGUAUGAUUGAAUUGACGAACUACAAAGCAUUUUUAAAUUACUUGACUCUUCGUGGCGGCGAUUCAGAAAAUGAGAAAACAGAGGAAGCAUCGUCCAGUCUCACAAAAGAGCCUACAUACCUACCUCCAAAACCAAACUUGAUCUACUCCAGCUUUACCAAUCAUCCACACGAGUUUGUAAUCUUCCUUGAGGCGUGUAUUGAAGCAUUGGAUAAAUAUCAGGGUAACCUAAUGGAUAAAAAGGAGGUGUUGAUAACAUUACUUGAAAUGUAUCUUUCAUUGAAUAAGAAAACAGAUGAAUCAGGGUGGCUAGAGAAAGCACAAUCUAUAAUUGAUCAGUAUGGUGACUUACUAGAUGACGAUUCAUUGUUGUUGUUGAGCCAUUUGUAUAACUUCAAACCAGGUGAAAUCAAAGCAAGAGAGGACAAUGGAGACGAAGAAGGCAUAUUUAUAUCCUACAAGAUAGAUGAAAAUGUUGAAGGUUGUUUUAAAGUAUUGCAGAAAUAUGGUCAAGCCAAGCCACAGCUUUAUAAAAUGAUGCUCGAAUUUAUUGUUUCCAAACGUGAGAUUUAUGAGAAGGUUAAUCAUGAUGACAUACAGGAAAUAUUACAACAGAUCAAGAAAUUCAAGUUGUUAGAUCCUCUUGAGUUGAUUAGUUUGCUCAAUGGCGGCGAAUCCAAUGAUAGUGAAUUUGUAACAUUUGGUGUUGUCAAGGAUUAUUUACUCCAAUAUUUCACAACUCAAGAACAAGAAAUCACCAAUAACGAAAAACUUAUUGAAAUGUAUGAACAUGACUCUACCAAGAAUUCCUACAAAUUAUCCGAAUUGACACAUCCAUUUGUCAUUCAGAAUAAUAAAUGUUCAGCAUGUCAAUUGAAGUUGGAUUUCCCCAUGGUUCAUUUCAAAUGUAAACAUUCAUUCCAUCAGAAAUGUUUAUCAUCUAGUCUUGUUGCGAAGCCCACAAGUAAUGGAAAUUCUCAUUAUGUUGAUGAUGGAAGUGAGCAUGGACCAAGGUGUCCUAUUUGUGCACAAGAUAUUAUUGAUGUUAAUGACGUUAAGCAAAGUCAGUAUAGGAUGAAGGAAAACGUAGACUUCUUUGUAAAAUCCUUGCACGAAAGUACUGAUACAUUUAAAUUCAUAUCUGAGUAUAUUGGGAAAGGGGUUAUGGAAGAUGAAUCAGUUAGCAUUGAUCAGUAG